AGAGCAGAAGUGAAAAAAUAGGCAGUGAAAGAAUGGAGCAGAGCAGUGGGCACCAAAACACUACUGGAUUGUAAAAUGGAACAGGGAGAAGACAUCUUCUGAAACCCUAACCCCCAAAUCCCAUUCUAUACACACACAAAUAUUAAUAUUAUAUAAAUAUCAAUAUCAAUAUAUGGCGUCUUUGAUGUUCACUGGAACUAUACCACCUACUACUAAUCUCAAGCCUCUCUCUCAUUUUCCUCCCAAAAUCUCCUCCUUCAUUAGGUGCAAUGUGACGGAACCUGUGAAUCGUAAUGACAAUGGGAGGCCGUACAUGCCUAGUCUUGUUGCUCAGCAAGGGACGCUUCCUAGUUUCUUGACAUCUAAUCAGUAUGAGAGGAAUUAUUCUGCUCAGAAAAAUGAAACAAAGCUUCGGAUCUUCUCGGGAACAGCUAAUCCCUUACUCUCUCAGGAAAUCGCUUGUUACAUGGGUCUGGACCUUGGAAAGAUAAAAAUCAAGCGUUUUGCUGAUGGAGAGAUAUAUGUUCAGUUGCAAGAGAGUGUUCGAGGGUGUGAUGUAUAUCUUGUGCAACCUACCUCUCCACCAGCAAAUGAGAAUCUCAUGGAGCUAUUAAUAAUGAUAGAUGCUUGCCGAAGGGCAUCAGCCAAAACCAUAACUGCGGUGAUUCCAUAUUUUGGUUAUGCUAGGGCAGAUCGAAAGACUCAAGGGCGUGAAUCAAUUGCGGCCAAACUUGUAGCAAACCUAAUUACUGAAGCUGGUGCUGAUCGUGUUCUUGCUUGCGAUCUUCAUUCUGGCCAAUCCAUGGGAUAUUUUGAUAUUCCAGUUGAUCAUGUACAUGGUCAGCCAGUGAUACUUGAUUACCUCGCGAGCAAGGCCAUAUGUUCAGAUGAUUUGGUAGUGGUCUCUCCCGAUGUUGGUGGAGUUGCUAGAGCACGUGCUUUUGCUAAGAAAUUGUCAGAUGCACCCUUAGCUAUUGUGGAUAAACGGCGUCAUGGACACAAUGUUGCGGAGGUAAUGAAUUUGAUUGGUGAUGUUAAAGGAAAAGUAGCAGUGAUGGUGGAUGACAUGAUUGAUACGGCUGGCACCAUAGCAAAUGGAGCAGCUCUGUUGCAUCAAGAGGGUGCCAGGGAAGUUUAUGCAUGCACAACACAUGCUGUCUUUAGUCCUCCUGCAAUUGAAAGGUUAUCUAGCGGCUUGUUUCAAGAGGUGAUCAUCACAAAUACCAUUCCAUUGUCCGAACACAAGUAUUUUCCUCAGCUGACAGUUUUAUCUGUGGCAAAUCUCCUUGGUGAGACAAUCUGGCGUGUUCAUGAUGACUACGCAGGUGGAAUUGAAUCAUUUUGCAAUUUGGGCAUUGAUUGAUCAUAAUUGUGAAUUUCUGCUACUAUACUUUAGUGGCUCACUGGGAAACAGGACCCCUCACACCUAGUCACUGCAAUGACAGAAAUUAAAUAAUAAUGUAGUUUUGCUGAUCUCAAACGUGUACAAAUUUGUUGGCGAAACCUGAUCUGGCUUUUCGUAGGACGAUUUUGAGAGUUACAUUCUGAUGAAUAAAUAUAUCAAAUUUAAAUUGUUCCUUUGAA